UUAUGCAGGCCAUACAUGGUUCAAAUUUCGAAUGAUUUUUCGUCUCAAAACGUCGUUAAUUCGGUAAUCCGAUGGCGUCAUCAAUGAUUUCGAAAAUUGGCCGACCGAGUCAUAAAGUUCACCCCAUAUAACAGGCGAAACUUCUGUUCCUUCCAGGUCACGGCUCAUGGCAAAUGUUCUUUUCGGAAAAACGAUCGUACGAUUUGACCAUCGUGGAGUCGAAAAUCAGACGUUUUUCACAAAUUUUCCAACAUGCCCGAUCACCGGAAAGGGGAGGAUCCACGAAAAUCGG